AUGGAGUACCUCAUCGGCAUCCAGGGUCCCGACUAUGUCCUUGUCGCCUCCGACCGGGUGGCUGCUAGCAAUAUUGUCCAGAUGAAGGAUGAUCAUGACAAGAUGUUUAAGAUGAGUGAAAAAAUCUUACUCCUGUGUGUUGGAGAGGCUGGAGACACUGUACAGUUUGCAGAAUAUAUUCAGAAAAAUGUGCAGCUCUAUAAGAUGCGAAAUGGUUAUGAACUGUCUCCCACAGCAGCAGCUAAUUUCACUCGCCGAAACCUGGCUGACUAUCUUCGGAGUCGGACCCCGUAUCAUGUCAACCUCCUCCUGGCUGGCUAUGAUGAGCAUGAGGGUCCGGCGCUCUACUACAUGGACUACCUGGCCGCCUUGGCAAAAGCCCCUUUCGCAGCUCACGGCUACGGUGCCUUCCUGACUCUCAGCAUCCUGGACCGAUACUACACGCCAGCUAUCUCGCGUGAGAAGGCAGUGGAGCUCCUUAGGAAAUGUCUGGAGGAGCUCCAGAAACGCUUCAUCCUGAAUCUGCCAACCUUCAGUGUUCGAAUCAUUGACAGAAAUGGCAUCCACGACCUGGACAACAUCUCCUUCCCUAAGCAGGGCUCCUAA